CACUAGGUUGCUACGCAGCCGCCGUCUUUGCUGGUCUCGAGUACAUUCGUUUUACAAUUUCGCCAUGUCUCUCGGGAGCGCUUGUGCCAUUGUGUUAUUCCACUGCCUGUGCUUUAUUGCGCACUGCCAGUGACCGCUGACGUGAGAGGAAUGGAUUCCCGUCCUGGCUUCCGCAUCGUAUUCACACUGAACUUUGAUUUCCUGUGUCUGCCUGAGAAGGAAUAACAGCGUGUCUUCCUAUCUGUCGAUAUUUCCAGCUCUCUUUUUCACUAAAGAGUUUUCCUCAAAGUUAAUUGUCCUCUGAUCCCUCAAACGGACAGCGACGGAGGUCGGAGGAGGCAGCCAUCAUGUACGGACAGACUGUUUCGGGCGCUGACCCGCAGCAGGCGUCGGCUUGCCUAAUGAAUAAUAUGCCUCAGGUUGCAUCCGUAAUGCCCACGCCUGUCAUGCCGGCGGCCCCCGUCAUUCUGCCUAUGCCUAUGGUUGUUCCUACGCCAGCACAGUUCGGCAUGGGCGUUGCAAAUGGAUACGUAGCGCAGAAUGUGGCACCAGGCACAGACCCCACGGCCUCGGCCGUACAGAGUUUCACAGCGAAUGAGGCUGCUUCACUGGGCAGCAUAAUGGCGUCAGGUGCCCCUGACAACGAGAAGACAGUUCAUCUUCGUAAGGGGGCUGGGAAGAUUUGGAGCGACCCGACACUGGACGAAUGGCCUGAAAAUGACUUCCGAGUUUUCUGCGGAGACUUGGGGAACGAGGUUACAGACGAAGUUUUGACAAAUGCUUUUCGGAAGUACAAAUCUUUCGCGAAGGCUCGCGUGGUCAGGGACAAGAGGACAGGGAAGACGAGAGGUUACGGUUUUGUGUCUUUUUCGGAUCCCAAUGAUAUGUUGAAGGCACUGAAAGAAAUGAAUUUCAAAUAUGUUGGAAACAGACCGAUUCGGGUGUUACGGAGUAAAUGGAAAGACAGGGAAAUUGACUCGGAGCGAAACAAGAAAUUUCAGGAGAUUACAGUCGUACAGGCGGCUAAUUCCAAAACGUUGCGAAAAUUUAAGAAACUCGGUGUAUCAGUCAACGGCGGAAAAGUUGCACGGCGGCAGCAAGAGGCUGCUGUCAUGGGGUCGAAACCAAAGAAGACUCAUGCGCCACCGACGACAUACGGGCGAAUGACCUAUCAGUACAUCAAAGGAGGCGCUUCCAUGGCGCCUGCACCAUCGUCCGGAACUUGUGCGGCACCGAACCUUUUGGAUGACAUAUGAUCAGCUUAUGUCGCGUGGUUAUGUUCUUCUGUUUAUCAGAGACGCCAUCAUAUGUGAACGAAGAAGUUCUUGAUGUACUGUCACUCCUUUUCAAACCGACUGUGUGGUGUGAUGUCCCCCACCGACGGCAAUAUUAUCCGGAAGUGUACUUAGCGUGCACAGACUUUCACUAGACGUGGACGUCUCCUCUGGUUAUCGAAUAUCAUUUUCUACUCUUGGCGAAGCGACGCUGAAUGUGCGCAACCUGCAUGGAACUGGGCUAGAUGUGCUUGCAGUAGCAGCAUGCUUCAGCUGGGCGUCACUAAACUUAUUCGUGUAAGGCUUUGGAUGGCAAUAUGUGACGGGGAGGGAAGUCGCUCGAAAACGUCCACCGCUUCUCUACACGGGCUUCUUGUGCAACUUAAGUUUGUAUUGCUACUCGAUGGAGUGCCCCAAUUUUGCUGCGGUUUCGCGACGACCAGUACAGUAACUGGCGGAGUUCCUCGAUUCGUAUCCUAGGUGGUAUGAGAAACACCUUAAGAAGACGAGCAUGAACUCUUCAAUAACAACACAAAACCGAAUGUCGAUCGUCACUGGAUCGUGCAUGCUCCACAGUGGCUGUUGGGUAAACGCGGCUGCCCUCAAGCACCAAGAAAUGAGUGUGUCCGAAGUGCACGCAGUAGCGCCGAGGCCAGCAGCUCCUGCAUUUUCACGUUAGCAGUAAAAUUAUAUACUGGUUCGGACCACACGCACCCCAAGGCGCCGUACAGACGACGGCAGUGUCGUUCCACAUCAUCUGCGCAACAGGCCUGUUCCGCGAGAACGUGUGGCAAGCAGGGUGAAGCAUAAUGGCUUUGUACAAUUGGGAAAAAAUGAUAUGUAAAACGGAGCUGACGCCGUCAAGGUGCUAAUGCACACGUAACGACGAACCCGUCCUCGGGGAAAUGCUUCGCUCCCAACGAAGAACCGCUGUCGCCCGAAGAGGACGCCUUCACAUCGAGAGGUUUAGUCCUCCAGCAUUCAUAUGUUUUCGCAGUCACAUUUCUGAUGGACUACACCAAUAACCUAUAUCCCUACCAGCCUCAUGGAGGACAGAUGCCCAGAGAGAGUCUAUGACGAGGACGCAAGUCCAGUUGAUGUUAUCCUUACUUUCCAGCGGCACUAUCGUGGGGAACGAACUUCAACACCACGCUGCGCCGUGAAAUGCGCUUGCCACGACGGGAGGCACAUCUCCUCAAACCUUUGCUUGUACUCCUUGCACUCAGCAUAUGAGUCCCCGCCGUGCUUGUCCAAGCAUGCAAAAUAUUCGUCCUUGGCUGCCCAACAGGCAGACCGGGAGAAAUUGUUUGCUCGCCCUUGUUGCAGACCAUCAGUCCUGUCCUCUUUUGUGCUAGUGAUAGCAGAACCCAUUCCGUCGGCGGUUUCUCUAAAAACAAAUAGCCCAGCGCUAGACCUUCCGAACCACCGUUUGCGCAGACGGAAUCACCGUUCAGGCGAGGGGGUCUGGUUGCGACUGAUGCUCACGUUGUACGGGGAGAAGGCACUGUUGUACUAUUGCACUGCAGACGUAAACAGGCGUCCCAAUACUACUCAGUACACAGAUCUUCCUUACUGGAGGCGCAGACGCUCAUACGAAAUGUGUUUGGUUCGAGAGAAAUGUGUUUGGCG